UGCUGCUCAUAAAGUCUCUAUUUUUCUCAUAUCCUUUAUAUAUACUGUCAAUAUUGAGGCUCUUGUGGUCACACUAGUUCUGAAAUAGUACUGCCCAUCGCCUAAGAGAGAAAACUUAGACAAUGAAGUUACUAAGAAUGGGGGAGAUAAUGAGGCAUCCAGAUGAGUUAUCCCCAUUGAUGAAGCUCAUGCUAUCUGCUAAACACAUCGAAAAGAAGACGCCAUUGCAGCCACACUGGGCCUUCUGCUAUAUUACUCUCCGAAAGGUCUCUCGUAGUUUUGCUCUCGUCAUUCAACAGCUUCCUAGCGAUCUUCGAGACGUAGUUUGUGUUUACUAUUUGGUUCUUCGAGCACUUGACACUGUUGAGGAUGAUACCAGCUUAGCCACUGAGAUUAGAGUACCUAUCUUGAGAAACUUUUAUUGCCACUUCUAUGAUCCUGAAUGGCAUUUUUCAUGUGGUACAAAGGCCUUCAAGGUUCUCAUGGACCAAUUCCAUCAUGUUUCCAGUGCUUUCCUGGAGCUUGGUAAAAAUUAUCAGGAGGUGAUUAAGGAUAUUACCAAGAGAAUGGGUGAAGGAAUGGCAAAAUUUCUAUGCAAGGAGGUAGAAACAAUCGACGAUUAUAAUGAAUAUUGUCACUAUGCAGCUGGACUUUGUGGAUUAGGAUUGUCAAAACUUUUUUAUGCUUCUGGAAGAGAAGAUUUAGCACCAGAAUCCCUCUCCCUUUCCAUGGGUUUAUUUCUUCAGAAAAUAAGCAUCAUUAGAGAUUAUCUGGAGGACAUAAAUGAAGAACCCAAGUGUCGAAUGUUUUGGCCCCGUCAAAUUUGGAGUAAAUAUGUUAACAAACUUGAGGACUUUAAGUAUGAUGAAAACUCAGCCAAGGCAGUACAAUGUCUGAACGAAAUGGUCACUAAUGCUUUGUUACAUGCAGAAGAUAGUCUGGCUUACAUGUCUAAUCUACGCGAUCCAGCUAUCUUUCGGUUCUGUGCAAUUCCUCAGAUCAUAAAUAUGGGGAAUUUGACGAUGUACUACACCAACAGUGAAAUUUUCAAAGGUAUCGUUGAAAUGAGACGAGGCCUCUGUGCUAAGAUUAUUGAUCAGACCAAGACAAUGGUGGAUGUCUACGGAGCUUUCUUUGACUUCUGUUGUACAAUGGAAUCCAAGGUUGACUGUGAUGAUCCAAAUGCAACGAGUACUUUGAAGAGGCUUGAAGAAAUCUUGAGAACCUGCAGAGACUCUGGAACCUUGAAUCAAAGGAAAUCUUUCAUAUUCAGCCAUCAGCCUAAAUAUAUUCUUCCAGUUUUGACUAUUUUAUUUUUCAUCACGCUGGCUAUUCUUUUAUCCACGAAAAUAGCUUAGAGACCAUGGGGAGCAUUCAGACAAAUUGAUCCCAUUUUUACUGGCCUACCAGAAAUGAAAGAAAGGAAGCUAGGAUCAGUUACUGGAAAUUCUCAUGUUUAUGUUGCUUCAUUUAAUCCCAUUUCAGUCCCAUCCAAUAUGAGCUGACGCACGAGCAUUAUUGAAGCUUGUUUUCAUCUCAUGCCUCAUUUAAUACUUUCUUGGUUAUUUUAGAUUCGCUCUUGAUAAAUUCUGAAAGAUAAUCUUGUGAUCUUCACAAAAAGAAGGGGGCAUAAAAAGUAGGGUGUGAUUUUGUGUUGUCUGUGGGGUGAGGGGGGUGGACAGUAAAAUGUCAUCCAUGUCCCUCCCCACACACCCUUAGUGCUAGGUCGCCCUUGUCCAAGGGAUGUCAAGUGAAACAAAUGGUUUCGUCAGCAAUUACAUUGUACAAAUAGUAUAAAGAUAUUUGUUUUGUAUAUUUAAAGUAGUAUAAAUUGUUGAAUUUCGGGAA